AUGGAAGUAGCAGCUUCAAUCAUAAGUUCCAUUCUGGUACCAGCCUGCGGCUCUCUUUGUAGCUCAACCUACCCCACCAUCCGCAACACCUCAAAAAUCCAAUCAAAUAUCGAUGCUUUGGAAAAGGAGAGGAAGAAUCUAGUCGAUCUUAGAGAAGACAUCAAGGGUCAACUCGCAUUAGCUGAGAAAGAAGAAAAGUUGCCAACACUUCAAGUGCAAAAUUGGUUAAAAGAAGUUGAAGAUUUUACACUUGAAGUGGAAAUGAUGAAAGAAGUUAUGGAAGCCAACAAGAAGAGACUCGGUGGAUGUUUGUGUAGUUGCAGUCUGCGCAUUAGACUUGGUGAGGAAGUGGCAAGGUCGCUCAAGAAGGUGAAAAGGCUUAUUGUCGAUGGAAGUUUCCCCAAUGGUCUAUUGACCGACAAUUAUGCUGCAAAGCGUGUAGAGCCUGUCCCUGGACCUUCAAUCCAAGAUCAAACAACAGCAUCAAAAAAUUUGGCCAAACUUAUGAAACUUCUGGAUGAUGAUGGUGUCCGGAGAAUUGGCAUCUGGGGUAUGGGUGGAGUUGGAAAGACAACUCUUGUUAAGAACCUGAAUAAUUGUCUCCUGAAAGAUGACUCAAGGCAGCCUUCUCGCAUGGUGAUGUGGACUACAGUCUCCAAGGUUUUGGAUCUAAAACGAGUUCAAGCGCAAAUAGCUGAGAGAUUGAAUUUGGUGGUGAAAAUGGAAGAAAGUGAGCAGCAACUAAGCAUUCGUCUAUAUAAAAGACUUCUGAAGGAGAACAACUUUCUUCUCAUCUUGGAUGACGUUUGGGAGACGAUUGAUUUGGACUGUUUGGGUAUUCCGCGGCCUGAAGAGCAUGCAGGUUCAAAGAUCAUACUGACAACUAGAAACUUAGAUGUUUGUCGGGCCAUGAAGACUGAUGUUGAAGUUAGAGUGGAUGUUCUUGGUGAUGAAGAGUCCUGGAAAUUGUUUAGUCAAAAUGCCGCUGAAGUAGCCAGUUCAGAUUACAUCAAACCAUUCGCUGAGGCAAUUUCUAAAGAAUGUAAGGGGUUGCCUUUGGCUAUCAUAACCAUGGGAACAGCCAUGAGAGGAAAGACAAUGGUCAAGCCAUGGAAGCAUGCUCUGAAUGAGUUGCGAAGAUCAGUGCCAUGUAUCAAAGGCUUGAAGAUAACGUCUACAAGCCUGUAA